CUUGAAAACGGGUUUGGCGAGAGUGGGUCCCCAGUGCGGAAACGAGCGUCGUCGCCGUACUGCGCGGAUGUGUGUGUGCCAGCACCGAGUCGACCAACGAGCUCGGACCACCUAAACGCCGGAUUUUGCGUGCGCGAACCCCAACUCAAGAGCAACACUGUGUUCUUCGCAAGAGAACUCCGCACCACAACGCCAGGCGAUACCCUGCCGAAGAACGAACAUCGAAGGCUUCCACUGCCUCUAGUCCAUCAACAUGCAGCCAAGGCUACCUGUGAUAUUAUUAUUGGCAUUCCUGGGGACAUGCGCAACUGCCCAGGAAGACACGGCCGUCUCAGCAAAGAUUGAGGGUGGUGAGGCUUCAGACGUGAACAUCGAAUGCAACAGCAACAACAUCCAGGUGACGUUGGAGGCAACGCACGACUUCAAUGGCAUGAUCUACCCCAAGGGACUGUCCAAGAAUUCCACCUGCAUGGCCGAGUACAGCAACGUGCGUGACAAGAUUGUCUACACGCUGCCUCUGCGCUCCUGCAACACCAUGAGCACUGAAGUGGAUGAAGGAGUGGAGUACUUCAACACCGUGGUGGUGCAACCUCACCGAAAGCUAGUGACGAACCAAGGCCGUGGAUUUCAUAUUCGAUGUCGGUACCAGACUAAAGAAAAAACCAUCACCAACUUUUUCAACGUCAGCAUGCUGGGAACGACGCCUUUAGUGGCCACGGCGCCCAUGCCGGGAUGCAGCAUGAAGAUCUUUGUGGGUGACUCCGAGGAAGAAGUCAUAGCCGAGAAUGUCAAGAUUGGAGAUCCGCUCACUCUCGUCAUCAGCAUUGACUACCAGGAAACCUAUGGCAUGCGUGUUACAAACUGUCUCGUGCGUGACGGUCUCAACUGGGGCGAGCAGCCACUGAUCAACAACGAAGGUUGUCCCGUGGACAGCGAGAUCCUGGGACCAUUCGAGUACACGAUGAACAAGACCCGAGCUUCGGUCACCUUCCAGGCGCACAAGUUCCCCUACACCUCGUCCGUCUACUAUCAGUGCAAUGUGCGACUGUGUCUCAAGUCAAGCGGUGGCUGCGACGACGUGCCUCCCGACUGCAGUGAUGUUCGCCACAGUGUUCGUCGUCGGCGUGAUGUGGAGGCCAAGGGAGACCUGACUGCCCUGGAAAAAGCCGAGCAAGAUGUUCGUGACCUCAGCAUUGAGGUCUUCUCUGGACUGUACGUCAACGAAGUUACCGAUGCGGAGGAUCCAGAAGUGAGCUCUCGCCCUACUUCGUCCGCCAGCUCUUCGGACCAGGACUUUUGCGUGUCCUCGCGCAAGUUUGCCAUUGGCAUCGCCAUCGCCGGUGUGCUGCUCAUGUUGGCAGUGAUGCUCCUGGUGGCUUGCAUCCUGCAUCGCCGUCGCCGUAGGAAGGGUUCUAGCACAGCCGGCAGCUCCAUCUACUCUGGGCCUUAUUCGAACCAGGGAUACUCAAGAGAAUAAGCUGUCACCUAUGCACCGGGAGUCACUCACCCAACAAUAUCUUAACCAGAUUUUGAAGUCUUCAACUCUGUCAUUCUGGUUUCCUGAGCUGACUGCAGCAUUAGAAAAGCCAACACAAUACACUGUUCUUGCUGCUGAGGUUUGUUAGUCUGUCACAUGAAACAGACAGAGUGACAACUAUUUCUCCCUAGAAGACACCAUUCCCAAAAGCAACAAACUGCAGUUUUCAUGCAAUAUGCAGGCAUGCCGCAUGCUUUCAAAAUGUGCCAAUCUGAAUGAGUCUUAUUUGAUCAAUUAUUUCAAGCCGAAUUUUUGCCACUGCAACAUUCCAGACUUCAACUUGCCUUACAAAUGAGGGUUGACAAAAUAGAACAAGUGCUAAGAUCACAAACAGAUGUUUCACUUGCCACAUGAAGUCGUUUGCACGUCCUACCGAGUGACUCCUGGCACGAAGUCGAAAGAACAAGGGUGUUUGUAUUGGCAUGAUUUUUUUCUUAAAAAUUUUACUGUUAAAAUUUUACAGCAGAGUGCCCGUUUAAGAUGUGAUAAAUUUAUUUCAAAACAAUUCUUAACUAGCAAUUCUGAUAAUCAUCAUAUACGAGUUACAGUUGUCCAUGAAUAAUUUUUCCUUUUCACAAAAAUUAUCAGGAGGCUUAAAGUUCUGCCACUACAUUUCCGUACACGCGGUAACUCUAAAAUGCCAGGUUUUUGGUAGAAUAGUCUACGUGUUAAGCAACUCAAUGCUCUUAUGCUGAUAUAGUUCCUUUGAUUGCAUGGGAACAUUGAAUGAGGAUGCCUGGUCAGCUGAUCCUUGUGAGAAUUGGCACCGUGUAGAUACUGGUAGUGGUAUUUAGAAACUGGCAUUGCAUCAGUGAAAUGUGAUGUCCGUCAGUUCGUGUUUUACUGAUCUGUCUUUGAAAAUGAUACGGGGACAUCAAAUUUACUUUGCACUCUAACUUUGCAAAACAACUACAGCCUUUAUAAUAAAUUUUAAAAAAUGUGUAUUUGGCAUGAGUAUUCAUACAUGUUCCGUUUUAAAUGUUACAGUGUAUAUUCAACUCAUAAAAAAAAAUUCAAAAGUCCAGAAUAACGAGUGAACUUGACCGAGUAAAAAAAGAUCUUCCUUUAACCUUGCUGCACAGCCUGUACCUACCAAAUAAAAAAACGCUGCUACUUUAUGAAUUCGAUCAAGCUCUCAGGCCAUGGGUUAAAAAAGAAGUAGAUAUUUAGCAGUAUAGUGCCAGUUUAUACAAACAGGGAGAUCUCAAGUGCCAUUUUUAAUAUGGACUACAGAUGUGCUGAUAAAAGCCACUACUGACGAUUUGCGCUGGAAUAAAAAAAGCAUGUGUAGAUAUUAUACAAGAAACUUUAAAAGCAACUACAUUGCUAGUACUUUUUUUAAUAUUAAGGUAUAGAAAAUGUCAUAUUUUUUUAUGGUGAGGCAUUGUUGCUGCCUCACCAUGUCCUACUCGAGCUACUAUCUUCGCAAAAUAGAAAAGUUGAAACGGAGACCUUGUCAUGUGUGGAGUGAUAGUAGCUUCAAUUUUAUUUAUAUCAAGAAAAGAAUAUUUACCAGUGAUACCCUAGAAAGGGAACGAAAAUAGCAAUGAAGAUCCAACUUGCCUUCAAAAAAAUCUGGUGGCCACUUCUGCAUGUUUUUUUUGUUGUUCUUGCUGUUGUUAGGUGGUUCAGGCCACCCUAAUCUUUCAAGUAAUGUAUUGCUUAAACAAUGCUUUUUGAAACAGGCUCUCUGUAUCCAGUAACUAUACGACAAAAUUUAAAUAGUCAUUUUUGUAUGCAAGAAUGGUCUACCCUUUUUGCUUGUGGAACACAGGUGGCACGUAAUUUACAGCCAGAUCAGAAAGCUUGCAUUUCUUACGAAACAAUAUCUAGCAGUAAUGUGCUUUCAUUGACAAUGUAAGCAUGCAUGAAUUGAGUUUCAAGUUGUGAUGUCUCUUUGUGCAUACAUUUUUAUUAUAUUCAUUGAUAUAACUAGUUAGGUUCACGACAAAGAACGUCAAUGAAUGCACAUGAUGGUGAACCGUCCAGCCCUCAUGAUAGGCAGCUAUAGCCGAGCACUCAUAGUGGCAUAGUGCCAAACAUUUAUGUUUAGCUUCUUGCUUAGCUCUAAAUUCAUAAGCACACUGCUUGUGCAUAAAGGCUCCAUGCUUGAGCAGCUUUUUCGGUAAUGCUCACUAAAAAGUACAUUAAUCUUGGUAAUUGUUCUACUACAAUUUGAUUAAAAAGUAUAACUUCCAAACACACAAAUGUUUAUUGCUUUUUUUUAGCCAUUAUUCUAGGGAUAAGCAUCUCAGUUGCUGGUGAAAGCGAAGAUUCAUUUGCCACUAACAAAAACACCGUUCCGACCACACAAGCUGACUAACAUCAGGAGACAUGGAACUUUCUAUAUUUGCUGAGACAUAAAUAUAAGUACCACAUUGAUUAACUAUUGAGCUGCGUGUUUGCUUCACUGGGAGGUUUUCAUAGUGCUAUGUAGCCAUGCAGAUACCAAGGCACUUCAAGCUAUGACAUCAAAUCUGUCCAACCAAGAUAUGCGAACACUGUGAAAUGUACUUUCGGAGACAAAGCUCUAGGCUUACUUCAAACGACCGGUACCCUUAAUAUGUCAGUUGGUGGGCCCCUGUACAUGGACAACUAAGGUCUGCAUGGCCUUCCACUUGUAUUAUUGUUAUGAGCCGUAACCACACGUGAUUGUUCGUGUGCGUGGUGUUGGGGCCUCGUAUUUUGUUUGAUGCGUACACAUAGGUGGGCUUUCCUUUUUUGUUUUUGCAUUUGUCUUGUGUGUGUAACAGUCAAGGGCACUGUGUAAAAUGCAGCCAUUCUUCGACGGUGCGAAGAGGCGCACAACUGCUCUCGGGAGACUCGUCAUGUAGCCUCGGACUCGCACAUCAUCGAAAAAACAUUUUGCACUCGAGUCGUUUAGCUGCUUGUGUUCCUGUUUUACUAUAGGAAAAUGAAACAGCACUUAUUCAACUGCCACCUUGGUUUGGGAUUUUUAUUACAAUAUAAAAAUGCACUGGAACCCCCACAAAGUUUCUGCAUCAUGUUGAAGCCUGUUGACAGCGCUCGAAUAUAACUGGCAGUAAGACUCAAACAAUGAGAAUAACACUCAGAUAUAAAGGACUGAAAGUUUUUUCGCUUGGCAAGAAUGGUUGUGGCUCAUCCACUACUGUUGGUGCACUUAUGCACCUGUCCAGGCAUGUUCAUGCAGUGUAUCAGCACUAUUAAAAUGAAUAGAUUCACGUGGUGAGCAUGAUGAAUUGGCACGCAUGCUUUAAUUUGUCUGGGUAGGGGCAGAUGUGAAAUUUGCCAAGCGCUGUACGUAAUUCACAGGAAGAUGGGCCUCUCGAUGUGCAGUUGAAUGCAUGUAACCCUUGGAAAGUGGCUGCAGACUGUUGUCAGUGCAGAGUAAUGUUUGUUACUUGUGUGUUCUUGUACUUUUGCCAUACGGGGGCCAUAUUAAAGAUUACUUGUCUCGACUAUCAUUUGUCUCCAAGGUCAGUCGUGAACAUGCACUAAAUGAAAUCUUUUGAAACACCGAGUGGUUCUAAAUAAUUGCCUUUAUGUUUCAAGAAUCUGUUGACGAACAAGCUCGACCUGAAUGUGCAUGCUGCCGCUUGAAGACAGCUUCAAAUCGACCCUAGCUUCGGAGACGGGCGCUGUUUGCUUACUGCCUCAGUGCACAGACGAAUACUCAUCAGUGAAACAAUUUUGUAUGUCAGGGCUUCGUCGUAGAUUGCCAGCAGUUAAUAGUAAAAUUGUACCUAGCCUAUACAAGAAAAAUCCUUUUUCUUCAUAUUUUCCUUUAGAACAUUUCAGAAGGUUCAAAAAUGGGCACAUGUGUUAAGAUACGUAAAGAAAGUUCCCAUACUGCCAUCCAGUCUAGCUGUGUUUGUUCGUGCUGUACCACUGCCAGAACCGAUAACUGCCUACUUCUCGCUAACGAGUUCUAAGGAGACCAAUUGCUCGGGGCGUGAUGUUAAAAUGCAAGUUGGUUGGUUUAACAUCCAGUGAAUUACUUAUGUAUUGAGAAUGAAACAGUGAAGAACCCACACAAGGAGACAAAAGGCAGCUGUCUACUGAAAUGCUUUAUUCACGUGACAGGGCGCUCACAGGGGAAAGGCAGAGUGAGAGGCUCACGUUUCUAUGUUAUCAAAAGCCAUGUCACGCAUCUUGAUUUUUUUCGGCCUCUUUGGUUCUCUCUUUGUGUGUAUGAUAUUCCCUUCAAUUAAUAAAAUCUUUCAGCUGAUCCUGUCUUCUCUGCUACUUUCCAGUCCGAUCAAGAUUUGAUGUCUACUAGCUCACUAACAGGCGAUAUAGGAUUCAUGUAUUAAAAGGAAGUCACACAGGAAGUGCUAUCUAAAACGCUAUACGUAUCAGUGCAGCUGAGACUGACUGCCCUAUAUUGUUUUCUAAUGCGAAGAUGUCACGUUAUUUUUCAUAAAUAAUCUUUCCCCAUGCAUAUGUGAAAUUUUCUAGCACAAAUGUUUAUGACACACUUGGUACGGAACGUAGUUAUUUCUUUGUGUACAUCUACGUGUGAACUUUUUUAUGUGAAAUCAAAUAAAAUGUCUUUCAGGGUGCAUA